AUGAUGGACCCAGUUCUGGUCAUCGGAGGAUGCGGUGGGCUGGGACAUACUAUCGUCAAGCAGCUGCUGGAAAAAGGAGACGCAUCAGACGUGACGGUGUUUGACAUCGAGACGAAGAGAAACAUUGUGGAGGGAGCCAAAUAUAUCAAGGGAAGCAUAGGCAGCAAGGAAGACAUCCUGAAAGCCCUGCAGCAGGUCAAGCCUCGGACAAUCUUCCACUCAGCCUCGCCUCUUCUCAUGCAGCAGAAGAAUACCCAGCGUCUCUACGAGAAGAUCAACGUCGAGGGCAACCGAUAUCUACUAGACGCCAUCCAGGAGGUGCGGUCCGUCCGAGCUCUGGUCUACACAUCCAGCUCGUCUGUUAUCCACAAUGGCUUUUCCGACAUCAUAGAGGCCACCGAAGACCUGCCCCGGGUCUUUUACCCGGAACAGCCCGAGUUCUACUCGCACACCAAAGCGCUGGCAGAGGAGAUGGUGGUCGCAGCCAACAGGACCAAUGGCUUGCUGACCGUUAUCCUGCGAGGCACAACCCUUUUCGGCGAAGGCGACAGCCUUACCAUCCCUCGCAUGGUCAGUAACGCCAAGAGCGGCCGCAACAAGGUCAGAGUCGGAGACGGGAAGAACCUGUUCGACUUUACGUACCUGGGCAACUGUGCCUACGCCCAUGUUCUCGCCGCAAAGGCGCUGGUCGACAUCGACCCGGCUGCACCACCGCCACCAGCCGACAAACGGGUGGACGGAGAGGUCUUUGUGGUUACCAACGACGAGCACAUACCCUUCUGGGAGUUUGUCUAUACCGUGGGCGACGCAGCCGGCUAUCCCACCAAGCGAGAGGAGAUCUGGCAGGUCCCGGCUGCGCUCUUCUAUGCCGUCGUCGUCGUGGCCGAGUGGACCGUCUGGGCGAUCAGCCUGGGUAGAAGAGAGUCGGGUCUCAACCGCAAGAUGGUUCGUUACCUGUCCAUGACGAGGACGUUCGAUAUCUCGAAGAUUAAGACCCGGCUGGGCUAUCGUCCGCUGGUGGGCAUGCGGGAGGCCAUCAAGCGCACCGUCGAUGCCUACAUGAAGGAGCAGUCCACGCAGUCAUGA